UAUCAUCUCAAAAGGGCCACAAAGAGAAGAAGAGAAAUAGUGUUAGAGAGAGAGAAGGUAUUCUAAAUUCUAUUUGUGAAGGUGAAGAUCCAUCUUAAGAUGUUGCUAAGAUCAAGGGUUUUCAUUUUCAAUGUCCAAGUUUGAAGGAGGAAGUAGAUAAUAUAAUAAUCAAUCUCAAACUAUUUCAUUUUAUGAAUUUUUUAUUUGAUUAUUCUACCAAUAGAUUCAUCAAAGAAAAGCGUAGAAGAUUGAAAGUUGUGGAAGCUACUAGCUAGAUGGAUAUGAAGGAGGAAGAAACAUGUGGCUCAAUAUGUUCAAAGACAAGUGAUUCAAUUAAUGAAGAUGGUUGUGAAAUUAGUGAAGGAAAUGAAGAUGAUAAAGAAAGUAGUAAGCAUAACAAUGGAGGAAUAAGCUCAAGCAAUAGUACAAUUGAAGAGAUUUCGGAGAAGAAAUCAUCGGUGAGACCUUACGUUAGAUCCAAGUUUCCUCGACUACGUUGGACUCCCGAUCUUCAUUUUCGAUUUCUUCAUGCUGUUCAAAGACUUGGUGGACAAGAGAGAGCAACUCCAAAAUUGGUUCUUCAAUUGAUGAAUAUAAAAGGUUUAAGUAUAGCUCAUGUGAAGAGUCAUUUACAGAUGCAUAGAACCAAGAAAGUAGUUGACACAAAUCAAGACAGAAAUGUUUAUAAUCUCACCCAAAUUCCUAUGCUUCAAGGCUAUACUCCAAAUCAAAGUUCAUCAUAUAGUUGUGGAUAUGGAGAAGCAUCUCUUUCUAUAUAUGAAAACAUGGUCCAUAUGAGUUCAAUAAAUGAAUCUAGAGCUGAUUUCUAUGGAAAAAUGAUUGAGAGAACCAAUAAUAAGUAUCAAAAUAUUUUCCAAGUGGAUUCUUCCAAUUUUAGAGAACUAUUACCAACAAGCAAAGUUCAUGAGCCUAAUGAAAAUUUCCUCUCAUUUUGUGGCCAUGAAUCUUCAAGAGAAGAUCUCCAUACUCAGCCAAUAGCACAAGACUUCAUGCAAAAAGAUAAUUUGCCUUCAAAUCAAGUUCCAUUGAAGACACUAAAAAGAAAAGCUUCAAAUUUGGAUCUUGAUUUGGAUCUAUCACUUAAAUUAAAUUCAAGAAACAUCAUUAGUGAUCAUGAUAAUCAGAAGCAAGGAAGUAUAGAGGAUCAUCAUCAUGAAGUUGACAGCAAUUUAUCUCUCUCUUUGUAUACUCAAUCCUCUUAUGAUGAAUCAAAGGAGCAAGAGAAAAGAGUCAAUGUAGGUUUGGAUCUAACCAUAUGAAUGAGACAUAUUCUAAGUGAGAUUUGAGGUACUUGUCAGAAAAAUAUGCAUAUUGUAACAAAAUUAUUACAAACACAUAUCAUAACCAGACAAAAUUAUAUUUUCAUUCUUGUCUUUUUCUAUAUAUGGACAGUGAAUAACAAUUUGUUUAUUUAUGUUAGGUAGAUGCUAAGAAAGAACCAUGGUAUCAAUAGUGUUAGUU